AAAGAAUAUCCAUCUAUUCAUAUCUGAUCCUAAUGUCGACUGAACCUCUUCUCCCCUCCUACAGUACGAUCGAUCAGCAGCAGCAGUUCUAUCGAACUCGCUUGCAACCUGAAAGUGAAGAGGCGACGCCCACAUCGCUGCCGUGGUUGGUGAGCGCCGUCGUCUUCCUGGGGACAGCCAGCAUCACCACCUUUUGGGCCUCCAGAAGCCCUCCAGAGACGCCUCCUACGUCUGCUCCCAUCCUCCCCUACUAUGCAACGCUCUGCCUUCUUAUCGCCCUGUGCUGGUGGAUCGGAUACCUGAUUGCAUUCGCUUACAAGCGACAAGGUCCCCCAGCUGCCCAUCGCAAGACCAUCAUCUGCGUCUCGGUGCUGGGCAAGGGGCUGCUGGGUGUGGCCCAUUUCGGCAUCCGGCAGGGCUAUGAAUGGGCAGCAGCAUCCGGGCUCUUUCAGUUCUACAACGGCGUGUACAGAAGCUACGGCGUGCUGGUUGGUCUGCGCGCAAUGUUUGACGACGGGAGCAUCGUCCCUGCGGGCCAAUCCACCGACUCUGGAGUCCAUUGCAGCUCCUGUUCCUCUUCCACCUUCACCUUCAAGGAAGACACGGUGCUGUAUUCCGGGGAGCGGGUGGAGGAUAUCCGACUCGUCACGACGGAGGGCAAGAUGGGAAGAUUCCCUCGCUGGGAAUUUCAUCAUCAAGAGAUCAACGCAUCAUCAAGAGAUCAACGCAUCAUCAAGAGAUCAACGCAGUCAUCAGAUAACAGCACCACCAGCAUGGGAAUCAUCAAGAAAAUCAUCGGCGGCGGCCUUGGCUUCACUUCCGAGGCGAUCCACGCCGCUCGCUCGCGUUCAGGAGAGCCAGCGAGUAGAGGUGACGAGAAAGUGGAAGAUGACGAUAAAGACGAAGAGGACAAAGAUGACGAUGAAGAUGAAGAGAACGAGAAUGAAUCAGCGGAAGAAGGAUUCGCCCACGACGAGGCCGCCUGGGAACUUGACGAGAUGGUCGAGCGCGUGGCCCCCCCGUCCUACGAAGAGGCGGCCGUCAGCAGCGGCUCCGACUCGGAGGAGACGAAGCUGAAGAAGCAGGAGGAGAUGCUGCAGCGGCUGCUCCGUCUGGCUGGGCCUGUUCCUGUCCCUCUCCAGGCGUCGCUGCCCUGCCCGGUGAUUAUCCCCCAGCGCCGACCGAGACAGAAAGACCGUGGCUUCGUGAGGGCGUAUGCGCCUGUUCUGGACGAUGUGGGCGUCAGCCAGGAGGUUUUUCUCCAGUUCCUGACCGACUGGGACGUAGCUAGAAGGGCAUCUCCGUGGAUCGACGUGGUGUACGUUGCCGCCGGCGUGGUGGGAUUCGUGCCCGAGGCCGCGACACAGAUCGUCAGCAUCGUCGUGCAGGUUGUAGCGGGCACAGCAAAGGAACUGCAGUCUCGACAGCGCGGCAACACCUUUCUCGACCGGGUGAACCAGGAGCUGUUCAUGCCGCGCGGGCUCUACGCGAUGGUGAUGGCGUUCAAGGACGACGUGUCCGGCCAGCAGCGCGGGCUGCUGAGCAACCUCUCCAAGAGGAUCGGCCAAACCAUCUUCUCGGCGGAGCGGCUCGACAUCAACCAGACGGCCGCCAAGUACAGCAAGCCCGCGGAUCCGGAAAUGUCUCGCCUGCGCCGGGGGUUGAAGGACUUCCGUCUCACCAGCGGCGAGACCCACGGCGAGAUCGAGCUGCCCGAAGCUGCGCCGCUCGUGUUUCCCGAGCUCGACCGGGCGGCCGUUCGCGAUCUCAACCAGGGCGAGCAGGAGGAGAAGAGCAUGCGCGAGAAAUGGAGCAGCGCAGGCUCUUGGGUGCAAGACUAUCUUGACCGACGGGCACAAGCUUUCUACGAAGCCGAACAUCAAGGAUCCUCCCUGUCGACAACAGCUGAGCAACGCGCCCCCAUGAAAUCCCGCUUCAACGACCCCAACCACCCGGCCAACAGCGGCUCCCUGAUCGCCCUGCUUACGGGGGGCGCCGUUGCGCCGUCUCGCCGCCGCCGCGCCGCCAAACAGGAGCGCCGGGCAGCGCGCCGGGAGGAGCGCGAUGCCCGGCGAGUUGCUCGCGGACGGGCGCCCCGGGGGCCUCGUGUGCCCCGGGGGAAGAAGCAGGGGCUUAUCAGGAAGAUCUUGACGCAGGAUGUGCUGUAUUUGCUGGUGGUCAACCUGCCCACGGACGAGCAGGUGGCCACUUCGGUGGAACAAUUGGAGGAGAUGAUGGGCAAGACUGAGUAUUAGUUAGUAUCCAUUAACUAGUUUAAGUGAGUCUAGUAGUAUUAAGUAUUCAUACUUGAUCUUGUUUGUUUCUAGUACUUAUUUGCUAUCUAUUUAUUAUAUUUCUCUUAUUAUCUAUUCUCUUAUUAUAUUGUCUUCUCUAUUUCUCUUAUUUUCUAUUAUAUUGUCUUUUAUUUCUCAGAUUCCACUUUUAUGUCUACUUGUUAUUCUCAUUAUGAGGAUAAAGGAUUACUCUGCCAAAUAAGCCACUAUAUUCAGUGGUUGUAAGACAAGUAUUUAUUUCUAUCAUUCACUCUCUUUUCUUUUUUCCACUCUUAUUUUAUACAUCAUCACCAUGGCCCAAAUUAUGCCACUGAUUCCUCUCUGCACUCGGCGGACAAGAUCCCUGUCUGCUCUCCUCAGCUAAUGCCGUGCUGAAUUAGUCAAUAUCCUUUAAACCUCCUCCAUACGAUAUAUGUGUUAUUAUUAUAAGACUGGCUGUAUGGAC